AUGGUUCAGGAAAAGGAAACACUCCAAGAGGAGGUGAAAUGUCUGAAGGAAACUCUCGCCGAGUGCGAAUCGGAUAGUCGGAAAUGUCAGCUACCAAAGCCAGAAAAACCGGAUGAUUACGAUGAACGUUUAAAGCCACUCAGAUACGAAAAUUCCAGGCUGAAAACCGAACUCAAGAUGUCAGCUUCUGCGGUGAGUUUCCAAUCGGAGGAAAUACACGAGCUGAUGGCUACGACAAACCAACUGACCAAGAAGUUGCGGAAAAUGUCUUUAGAGAACGAUGACCUGACUCUAAAGUUGGCUGCUUCACCAAACAUCAAGAAAAAUCAAGAGAAUCAACCGGAUGAUUCUGAUGAACUUACGCAACUCAGAGACGAAAACUCCAAGCUGAAAACCCAAUUCGAGAUGUCAAGUCGGAAAGUGUGUUUCCAAUCGGACGAAAUACAAGAAUUGACGGCUACGAUAAAUGAACUGAACAAGAAGUUGUGGAAAAUGUCGUUGAAAAACGACAAGCUCAUACUAAAGUUGGCUGCUUCAAGAGACAUAGCUUCGACGAAUAUCGACGAGUUUCACAAGACUGAAUUACAUAUGAAAAAGGAGAUAACUUAG